CAGUUGAGUUUUGUGCGUUGUGCGGUAAAGUUGCCCAAACCAGAGCAUCCAGAGCAACCAGUGCAACAGUGCAGCCAGAGAGCAAAGGAACCGAUAGCAGUUUGCAUCCUCCAGACAUCGCAGCAGAUUCCGAUUCAGUUUCAGAAUCAGCUCCAGGCCCACAGGCUCCCCAACUCGCAUUUGUUAGCCACAGCAAGUCCCCCUCCACCCAGUCGGAAAAUGAGAGAAAUUGUCCAUCUGCAGGCCGGCCAGUGCGGCAACCAAAUUGGCGCUAAGUUCUGGGAGGUUAUUUCGGAGGAGCACGGCAUUGACAGCAAUGGCAUCUAUGUGGGCGACAGUGAUCUGCAGCUGGAGCGUAUCAGCGUCUACUACAACGAGGCAGCAGCGGUGACGCGCUCGUCGGGUGGCAAAUAUGUGCCUCGUGCCAUCCUGUUGGAUCUGGAGCCGGGCACCAUGGAGUCGGUGCGUUCGGGACCCUAUGGCCAGCUCUUCCGUCCGGAUAACUUUGUGUUUGGGCAGUCGGGCGCCGGCAACAACUGGGCCAAGGGUCACUACACGGAGGGUGCCGAACUGGUGGACAAUGUCCUGGACGUGGUGCGCAAGGAGUGCGAGAACUGCGACUGCCUGCAGGGCUUCCAGCUGACCCACUCGCUGGGCGGCGGAACCGGCUCCGGCAUGGGCACUCUGCUCAUUUCGAAGAUACGCGAAGAGUAUCCGGACCGCAUCAUGAACACGUACUCGGUGGUGCCCUCGCCGAAGGUGUCCGACACUGUGGUGGAGCCCUACAACGCCACCCUGUCCAUACACCAGCUGGUGGAGAACACAGACGAGACGUACUGCAUCGACAACGAGGCACUGUACGACAUCUGCUUUAGGACCCUGAAGGUCUCCAAUCCGAGCUACGGGGACCUCAAUCACCUGGUCUCGCUCACCAUGUCCGGCGUGACCACCUGCCUGCGCUUCCCCGGCCAGCUGAACGCCGAUCUACGCAAGCUGGCCGUCAACAUGGUUCCAUUCCCACGUCUCCACUUCUUCAUGCCCGGAUUCGCGCCUCUCACCUCGCGCGGCUCGCAGCAGUACCGCGCCCUGUCCGUGCCCGAGCUGACCCAACAGAUGUUCGAUGCCAAGAACAUGAUGGCUGCCUGUGAUCCGCGCCAUGGCCGCUACCUCACCGUGGCCGCCGUCUUCCGGGGCCGCAUGUCCAUGAAGGAGGUGGACGAGCAGAUGCUGGCGGUGCAGAACAAGAACAGCUCGUACUUCGUCGAGUGGAUACCGAACAACGUGAAGACGGCUGUGUGCGACAUCCCGCCCAAGGGGCUGAAGAUGUCCUCGACCUUCAUUGGCAACACCACCGCCAUCCAGGAGCUCUUCAAGCGCAUCUCCGAGCAGUUCUCGGCCAUGUUCCGACGCAAGGCCUUCCUCCACUGGUACACCGGCGAGGGCAUGGACGAGAUGGAGUUCACCGAGGCGGAGAGCAACAUGAACGAUCUGGUCUCCGAGUACCAGCAGUACCAGGAGGCAACGGCCGACGACGAGUUCGAUCCCGAUGUUAACCAGGAGGAGGUCGAGGGCGAUUGUAUUUAAUGGUGUGGCCAGAGGAAUGAGGUGCGUGCGUGAGGGGGAACGCGUGUUUCUGCGCGGCAUGCGGCAACAGCUGUCAGCCAAGCAUUGCAGCAUUCUCUGAAACAGACACACACAAAGACAAACACACACCACUACUGACACACAGCACAGCACACAGAUACACAAACACAGACAGACAUAGACAGACAGACAGGAAAGGUCAAGCGUAGUUAGAACAUCAAACGGAAAUGUUCCAAAGCUCUAGCUUCCUCCCAUCUACCUACCCUCUCUCUCUUACCCCUGUGUUAUUCUAACUCUCACUAUCUAUCUGUAAUUCACGCUCAUCUACCAUCUCUCACCCUCUCUCUCUCAUCAUCAUCUUUCCAUCUAUAAUUUCGGCUCUCUACGCUACACUUUACACCGGAGGCACGUCUAUCGCAUUUCUCGCAGCCAUUUUUUCACUUUUUCACUUUCCAUCCAUCCCAUCCAUGCAUCCGAAAGUACCCCCGUAUUUUUCUACUCAACUCAACGUUUCAUUUAGUUUAGGGCAACAAAGAAACAAAAUCAAUCUCCCAUUUUUAUAUAAUUAUUUAUAUGCAACGCAACUCUAGCAAACCCCAAACAAGUAUCUAGUAUUUUGAAAUAAAACGAAACGAAUUUACACAC